AUGACUAAAUCUCGUGGUGGUAGUGCCGGUGAUAAUGAUAAUGCAGCUGAUCGUAUUUUUAAUCAAAUUUUAACUGAAAUGGAUGGUAUGCGUGCAAAAAACAAUGUUUUUAUUAUUGGUGCUACCAAUAGACGAUUUAUUAUUGAUUCAGCUAUACUUCAACCAGGUCGUCUUGAUCGUUUGAUUCAUAUUCCAUCUCCUGAUGAUAAAUCUCGUAUGACUAUACUUAAAGCUGUUUUAAAAGAAUUACCAGGAGUAGAAGGUGGUGUUUUAAGUUUAUUAGCAAAUAAAACAAAAGACUUUAGUGGUGCAAUUUUAACAAAAAUUUGUCAACGUGCAUAUAAAUUAGCUAUAAAAGAAUCAAUUAAAGAAAAAAAAACGUAUUGGACAAACAACAAUGGAUUUUGA